AUGUCUUAUCAUCAUUACCUUAAACGACUUCUUCGUAUUACACCAAAAUAUGAUCAAUCUUUAAUUAUACGAAAUGUAGCCUAUUUUUCUGGUUCUAAUGCACAUGUCAAUAAUAAAAUGGAUAUUUUUCUUCCUUUUCCGAACUCAAAUUUAUCAGUACUAAUAUCAGCUGAACAGCAAGAAACAAAUAAUAAACAAAUUCCUGUUAUUGUUCAUAUUCAUGGCGGUGGUUGGGUUCGUGGUAGUCGUACAAAUGAAUGGCGUGGUGGUCCAACUGUAGGUCGAACAUGUGCUCGUGAAGGUUUCGUUGGUAUAGUUGUAUCCUAUCGUUUAGCGCGUAUAUCUCUUAUAUCGUUUAUUGCUUGGUCAUUUGUCUUUGGUCUUAUUAUUAUUAUUAUUGGACUUAGUUUACUUUCAUGGCAACUUAUAACUGGUUAUGUAGCAUUUAUGACGUUUGCUUAUGCUUAUAAUUUUCUGUAUAAAGUACGCGUACCAGUCAAUGUUGAAGAUAUGAUGGAUGAUUUAUGUCGUGCACUUGUAUAUAUUCGUGAUCAUAUAAAUGAACAUUGUUCAGAUGCUGAUCCAAAUCAAAUAUUUCUUUCUGGUCAUUCAUCUGGUGCACAUUUAGUUAGUUUACUUGUUCUUGAUAAAUCUCAUUUACAUCGUCAUGAAUUUUCUCUAUCAAUAAUACGUGGUGUUGUAUCGAUGAGUGGAAUAUAUAAUCUUGCAAAUCCAACACAUGAUUCGAAAAAUAAUAUUCGUAAUAUAAUGUUUCGCAUAUUUUAUUCAAGCAAUUUACUUUAUCCUGAAGGAAAACAAAUGAAUGAAUAUUCACCCAUUGAAUAUGUAAAACAAGAUGAAGAAAUACCACCAUUUUUAGUUAUGUCAGCACGAUUUGAUUUGGGUUUAGAAUUUGAUGCAAAACGUUUUGUGGAAAAGCUUAAAAAUUAUCAACAUUCUGUUGAUUAUGUUACUGUUAAUGGUACACAUGGAACAAUUGCAACUAAAUUUGCAAAAAAUGAUGCUCAUAAACAUUUUUUUAAAUUUAUUCUUCAGCAUAUGAAUUAUUAA